AUGGUUAGGAACAUCGUUAUCAUUGGGGGAACAUCCCAUCCUCAACUCACACAAACUAUUUGCAAUCAUCUCGGAAUUCCUCCGGCUAAUGUCUUACUAUCCAAAUUUGCCGUCGGAGAGACUCGAGUUGAAAUCCAAGAGUCGGUGAGAGAGAAAGAUGUUUACAUCAUUCAAUCUGGCGGGGGGAAAGUGAACGAUCAUUUGCUUGAGCUGUUGAUUACCAUAUCAGCUUGCAAAACUGCUUCUGCGAAACGAGUUACCGCUGUGCUGCCCUUGUUUCCAUAUUCUCGCCAGAGCGAUAUUCCUUACAAGAAGAGCGGAGCUCCCUUGGUCAAGUCCUCGGCUCAUAGCCAGUUCACAUUCGAUAGCACUCCCUCGACGCCUCACCCUGGGAAAGUAGAGAGUCAGGGAAUGAACAACGAUGUCGAGAACCUCCAGAAGAGCCUCGCAAGAGCUCAAAUCGAGUCAGAGAGCAAUGGCUCGCCCGUAAAACGACGCCCCAUCGCAAAUGGAGGCAAACGAAGCGACACCAUUGAAUCCGCUCGUUCAGAGUCUAGCCUUACCAAUGGCGUGAAUGGUGAUGAGACGGCAAGCACUGCCGGCAGCGUUGCCAAGGUUCCCGAAUUCGAACCUCGUCCUGGCUACCGACAGUGGGUUGCUCAGGCAGGAACUCUGAUUGCAGACCUCUUGACCUGUGCCGGCGCUGACCACAUCAUCACAAUGGACUUACAUGACCCCCAAUAUCAGGGUUUCUUCGACAUUCCCGUCGAUAACCUUUACGGCCGACCAUUACUUAAGAGAUAUAUUCAGCGUCACAUUCCUGAUUACAGAAAUUGCAUUAUCGUUAGUCCUGAUGCUGGCGGUGCAAAGCGAGCAACUGCCAUUGCAGACUCCAUGGGAGUUGAAUUCGCACUCAUACACAAAGAACGACGACCCACGAAAAUAGCGGACAGACAAAAUGCCACGAUGAUGCUUGUUGGAGACGUACGAGACCGAACCGCUAUUCUCAUCGAUGACUUAGCAGACACAUCGAACACCAUCACACGAGCGGCCAAACUACUUAAGAAAGAGGGUGCUUCCAAAGUCUACGCUCUCGUCACCCACGGCAUUUUGAGUGGAGAUGCGAUUGAGCGCAUCAACGCCAGUGCCUUGGACAAGGUGGUGGUGACGAACACCGUGGACCAAACCGAACAUUGCAAGCGCUGCCCCAAGCUUGAGGUUCUUGAAGUUGGCAAUGUUUUCGCUGAGGCCAUUCGUCGCGUUCAUCACGGUGAAAGUAUUAGCGUUUUGUUCCAGUACGACUAG